GGCCUGAUGCCGGUAGGCCUGCAGUCUGCCCUGAGCGGCGCCAACGAGACCGAGGCCACGUACGGGGAGCCCCGGGUCGAGGUGUGCCCUGCCCUGUGUGACAACAUGCUAGGCUACCCACUGUGCAACUGCCAGGCGAAGGCCCAGGAGCAGGACGUGGACUGGAGCGCCAUCUGCCACUCCUUCUGCGUUUCCGACAACUACGUGCUUAGUGGUUGCCCCCCCUGCGAGAAGAACACAGCACUACCCCACCUGAUGUCAGCUCGAGUCCUGAACACGGCUGAAGGAUGGUCAGCUUGGUGCAACGCACAGUGCAGGCAGGGCCAUGGAGGCGCCGCCUGCAAUUGCGACCGUGCUCCUAUAUAAUAAGAUUUGUAACUGCUUGUCGACGAUGAAGAUAUUUUUUAAGGGCAUUUGGUUUUUUUACUGUAGUUUAAGCUGCCUGCUUUAUAAAGCCCCGAUGUUUUGGGUGAAGGUUAGGUAUGUAGGAACCUACUACUGGUUUUUAAAUCUUAAGAAGUAAUAUUUACUGCUUCCUCAAAAUUUUUAAUCAAAUUAUUAAAAAAAAAUCAAUACACUUCCUGAAUCAUUAAAUGAUCCCUGAUUUUAAUUUUUUUCAACUGAAAAACUUGUACUUUUCAAUUGCUCUGUAAAUCUAUAGUAUUUUGAUUUCAAUAUAAUAUUUAUUUAUAAUUUAAUCAAGUGUAUCUAUGCAUAGAUGAGUGUGAACUAAUAAUAAAAAGUAUACCACUAAUAAUAGAAUUAUUAUGUAAGUUAUUAUGUAUUAAUAUAACAUUAUCUAUAGACGUAAGAAAUGUACAUCGCUUGCAUUUAGAUAAUCUUCAGUACAUUUUAAUGUUGUACUUACUUAUUUAGCAAUUAAAUAUAAUAAAUAUAAGGUAAUGUAUAAGAAAAAUAAAAGCUCUGUGCGAACGACAAUAUAUAAACAUGUAAUUGUAAAAUAUCUAAAUUAUAACCAUCGGUAUAAGUAAAUGUAAACGUAUAUUAUGUUUCACAAAUGUAUCUUAGAUGUUAUUCAUUUAUAGUUUAGUUAUAUUUCAUUUAUUAAACUUAUACUUUCAUUUA